AUGUCGCUUGACAACGUGUCCAGAAAGUCGCCCGUGCUGCUGCCGCCCCUGCCGCCAAUGGACUCGUGGGCUUGGGGAGGGCAUCGCUCCAGGCGCCGUCGCGGCAGCGUCAGAUCUGUGGACGGCGCCGAGUCCGAGGAGGAGUACCUAGCACUCUCUCUCCUCAUGUUGGCGCGCGGCGAGGUGGAGGACGGGAGCGUCGGAGGCGUCAAGGGCGUGGGAACGACGCCAACCAAGGCGCAGGGGUAUGAGUGCUCCGUGUGCGGCAAGAUCUAUGCGUCCUACCAAGCAUUGGGCGGCCACAAAAAGAGCCACAGGAAGCGGCCCAUGGCGCCAACAGCAUCGGUGGGCGGCGACGAGGUGUCCGGCGGCGCCCCCGUGGAGGCCAAGGUGCACCAGUGCACGCUCUGCCACCGCACGUUCCUGUCGGGACCGGCGCUGGGCGGGCACAAGCGCCUGCACUACGAGGGUGGCACCAUGGCUAACGGGAUCGGCAAGGACAAGGAGGCUGCCAAGGCGAAGGCGGCGUCGCUGCUGAGGGACUUCGACCAGAACCUACCGGCGUCGGUGGUGGCCGGGUACGAGGACGAGAGCCCGCCCCGGGAUGCGAAGAAGGUGAGGUUGAUGCUACUAGCAGUUUGA